AUGAAUGAACCCAUCAUUGAGGUUAGGGAAGAUUUCAUGCUUUCACCAGCUGGUGACAGUAAACCAACUUUAAGAACAGCCCAUUUUCUCAAACCUAUUGCAAACACCAUUCAAGAACCAGCUAAUGAGUUUAACCAAUUUUCAUCAUCUUCUGUUUCUGAACUAAAGGAGUGGCAUUUAACAACCCAUUUUCAUGGGUGGCGAUACCAACAAGAGAAAUGGCUUAGUUGGGUUGAUAAACUUCAACCAAAGUACGAAUCUUUGUGGAGGAAUGCUGGAAUCUUCCAAUCGAUAAUGAGUACUAAAUGCUACAUACAUAGAAGUUUAAGCUUGCUGAUUGGAGUUGUCGAGAAAUGGUGUUCCGAGACAAAUACAUUCGUGUUUCCAUUUGGUGAGGCGACAAUCACUUUGGAAGAUAUCAUGGUUUUAGGGGGUUACCCUGUUCUUGGUGAUCCUAUUUUCAUAUCACUUAAAGAUCAAGAAAUGAGAGAGGUGGAAAAGAAAUUGAUGCUUGCAAGACAACAACUUACUACUAAUCAGAAAACCGGAGGUCAGGCAACAACAUCAAUGUGGAUGGAUAUGUUCAUUGACAAAGGUAGUGAAAUUGAACAUGAAGCAUUUCUUUCUACAUGGUUGUCAAUUUAUGUUUUUCCUCACAAAUUUUGUGUGAAAAAUUGUCUAUUUUCUAUUGCUGUUCAUCUUGCUAGAGGAAAUUCUAUUGCUUUGGCACCAGCUGUUUUGGCCAGCAUAUAUAAAGAUUUAAGUUUGUUUAAGAAAACAAUAGAUGGUUUGUCAAAAUAUCCUGUUAGUGGUGAUAGGUUUCCUUUAGAAGUUACCCUUCCAUCGCCCUUUUACUUGGUACAAAUUUGGGUGUGGGAGAGGUUCAAAAAUUUACAACCACAACCCAUGUCGAUCAACUAUGGAUACCCUUUAUUAUUUAGGUGGCAUAAGGUCAAGGCCUUGAAAAUCAACGAUGUUAAGUUGGCAUUAGACUCCGCUAUCGAUGAUUUUCUUUGGCGUCCAUAUGUUAGAUAUGCUGAUAAGUGUGAAAUGUUUUAUCCGAAUGAUGAAAUUUGGAUACCAUUUAAGAAAGAUUUGGUGGAUGAACAAAUGCUCUCAUUUUUUAUAUCUUCGAGAAUUUCUGAGCUUGUUGGAUUUGAAUCCAUAGAACAGUAUCUGCCGCAUAGAGUUUCUAUGCAAUUUGGAAUGGAUCAAGAUAUUCCAAGUUAUGUGGCUAGAUUCAAUGCGACUAAUGCCAUUGCUUGGGAAAACUACUGCAGGCCUAUAUCUGAUAAAAAAUUGUACUUUCCGGCAAGACUUUUUGAAGCAGAUGUUACUACACAUUAUACUAAGUGGUGGAAGCAAUUGAUAUUUGGUCACAGCGAUUUUGUUAAGAAUAUUGUGCGGAAGAAGAGAACUCUACCUUCAAGAAUACGUAGAUCUUUUGUACGAAAAGCUAACACCCGUGGUAAUGAUAUUGGUGUUCCACCUGGCUUUCCUCCCAAUCUUGUCGACUUUCUUACUUUUGAAAAUUCUUGUGAUUCUGGUUCAAAAAAUUCUGUUCAUGAUUGUUCACCAAUGACAAGUCAUAAUACUCUUGUUCCUUCCAUAUAUCUUGAAGAUUCCAACCUUGUUUCAAAAGAUAACAUUGAACUUUCAGUAGGAAGUUUGGAGGAAGGUUUUAAAGAUGCAAAUGGGAGCAAGGAAGCUGAUAUGUCUAGUGACAAAAUAUUUUUAUCUGAGACUAACGGAAAAAGUUGUAGCAAUGCCAUCCGAAAAAAUGUCUCUUCAUCUAACAACAUUACCGCUACUCAGCAUAAUGUUCAAUUUCUCUCUGAUAAUGUUACUCAAGUUGAAGCUAAAGAAACGGUUGAAGAAAAAGAAAGAGAAGAAAAUGAUCAUGAAGUUGUGGUUUUGUCAAAAGAGCAAUACUUGAAGAUUCAGGAGGAACUCGCGCGUUUGGCAAGACAACAGGAAGAGAUGUUACGGUUAAUGCAGUUGAGGGAGAAGAAGGAUGAAGAGUUGAGGCAACUCCUCACUAGUUUUCUAAGGAAUCAACAACCACCACCAUCAUCUUCUUGA